GCUUGGGAUUGAUAGAGGAGGCCGCGAUGGCGGCUCGUAUUCAGGCAAAGGCUUUGUUUGGGCAUGUGCAGUUGCCCAAGACUGAUAGGCUCUGGGCUGAAUCAAUGCAUUGGGCUUGCGAGGCUUUGAACCACACAGCUUGCAGUGCGAACCCUGACUCGAAGUCGCCGUAUGAGAUGUGGUAUGGUGAAGCCCGUCCUGCUAGACCGUAUCCAUUCUUGAAGCCGGCGUACUGCAGGUGGCAGCGACCCUCUAAACUGCUGCCGAAGGGUGAGAGUUGCUUCUAUGUCGGCCCUUCGAGAGACCACCCGCGCGAUUGCCAUAGAGUGUUGACGAGGGGUGGGAUCAUUCAGGAGACGAGAGAUGUGACGUGGGAAGCGCUGCCGUCUGAACUCCCUCCGCCGCAACCACCGCUGCCGAUAGACCUAGAGGUAGCAGAGGAGGGAGGGGAGGGAAAUGACGAUGAUGUAGAAGCUGAAGCGUGGCCGCUCAUGGGUAGCGGGAAGCCCCACAUUCAUUUGCAGCCUAGCGCUCCCCCCUCCGGUGCAGUUGAUGAGGUUUUCAGUGUUGAUGCUGGUAGCUUAGGCCAAUCCCCCUCUGUGUCGUCCGCGACUAACUCCCACGCUCCCUCCGUGUCUUCGCAAGAUUCUGUUGAUGACCAGGAGCUGGGAGGGGCAGAGUCGGUGGGUGAUGAGCCUGUAGAUCAGGGAGGGGCAGAGUCGGUGGGGAAGAUAACCAAGGCCAAGGCUAGGCUUGUGGCAAAGGGGUUUAAGCAAAAGCACGGGAUCGAUUAUCUUUUGACUUUCUCGCCUACUGCAAAUGCCGCAUCGAUUCGGUUGCUCUUGGCAUUGGCGUGCCAGUAUAAUUUGGAAUUACUCCACCUGGACAUCGAGCAAGCCUUUGUUCAGUCGAAGUUGGAUCACGAGGUGUUCAUGAAGUUGCCUCCUGGCUGUGGUACGAUGUCAGGAAAAGUCGUCCGUUUGAACAAGAGUUUGUACGGAUUGAAGCAGGCAUCUAGGACAUUCUACAUGAGGCUUGUGUCGGACCUGAAGAGGAUUGGUUUCGAGCAGUCUCUGUCAGACCCCUGUGUUUUACGUUUCAUGAUGGGAGACGAGGUCAUGGGGAUGGUCGCGAUCCAUGUGGAUGAUAUUCUGUAUGCAGGUUCUAAGAGUUUUGCCGAGACGGUGGUAGCAGCGCUUGGUGAUUCUCUUCCCACGAAGAAUUUGGGUGAAGUCAAGUUCUUUCUUGGUUGCGCUUUGAGGCGCGACCGUGAGGCUGGCACGAUUGAGAUUUCUCAAGAGAGUUACAGAAGGAGUGUCCUCGAGAGAUUCAAUGUCGUUAGCACCAGCUCGAUCCCCGCUCCCCCACUGUUGUCAACAGGUCCGUGAUGGAGAAUGAGGAGGCGGGAGAUGUGCCGUUCCGUGAGGUGGUGGGAUGCCUAAUGUGGAUCGCCUGCCAGACGAGACCCGACAUCUCUAAUGCUGUGCGGGCUGUGGCAAGACACUCCCACGAGCCGAAGUUAAGCCACUGGAAGGCAGCUCAGAAGAUCCUGAAUUAUCUUCUGGGUACGGCACAUCUUAGUUUAAACUUCAAGCGGUUCGGUAGACGUAGGGACUUUGGUACGUAGAUGCCGACUUUGCCAGCAAGGCCACUGA